AUGGCCAUUUCGAGAUCAUGUGCGGUAUCCAUGGUGGAUGUGCCCAUGAGGUUCGGCGCCAACGCGAGCAGUCCGACUUCUGGACCUCCGCUUCUAGAUGCGUCCAGAGUCGGUUGGUGGAACUGGCUCGUCGACCGGACCCGUCGUCGGCUUGUCCGGCUCCCUGUACAGGUUCUCGAUCCUUCAGAGCCCGGUUGCGUCGCGCGCCCGCCGGCAGCCUGCGGAGUCAAUGUCCGUGGGUUUGGAGCUCCGUCAAUGUGGCAGUUAUUUCCCUCUACUAGAAUCUUCCCCUCCACCGAUGAGGAAACAUCCGUCCGAGGAGCGCUUUCACCAUUACAAGCGUCUGGUCACUCGUCUCCGGCCCUGGUGGCUCGGGCGGGACCGGAGCUCUGGCGAGGGCAGGCCGCGACAAAGCUCCGAGCCUGCGCGGCAGCGCCGGCCGAGACGACGGACGGGCUGGCGCCGCGCUGCGUCGGGAGGGAGCGUCGAGCAGCGGAGCGUGUCGACGAGAGAGCGGAAGGCGGUCGCAGCAGGAGCCAGCCAGCGGACGCGAAGUGCGAAGAGGGCAGGCAGCAGCCAAGACAGGACGGGCGGGCAGCGAGGGAGGGAAGGGAAGGCGAAAGGGAAGGGGAGGGGGAGGGCUGGGCAGCUGCUGUGUUCGCUCGCUGGCUGGCUUCGGGCGCUCGCGAGAAGCUUUUGCUGUGCAGCGCAGGCCGAGGCCGAGGGAGGGACGGAGAGAGAGAGACAGAGAGAGAGAAAGGCGAGAGAGGAGUGAGCUUCAGAAGACAGUGGCCCGAGAGAGAGAGAGAGAGGGAGAGAGAGAGAGUGACUGGGAGCGAUCGUCGUCGUCGAGGAUCUGGAAGGAAAGUGCGUUUACGAGGAGCGCAGGGAGAGCGCGGAGAGCUUGCUCGUAGAAGAAGCGGAGGAGGCGGGCAAGCCGCGAAGAGGAGGACGAGGUCGAGCGAGCGAGAGAGGGCGCUGCUGCUGCUAGGUCGCGCGGGUGGGCGGUCGCUCGACGUUUGA